AUGGGUUUAACACUGACAAGAGCAGCCAAGUGGACUUCGGCAGGAAAACUGGAUUCCACGCCGAUAAAUAGUCUGGUGCUGAGAGAAUUGAUGGGCUUUGUAGAGGACUUCAGCUCCUUGCACUCGCAGGAGGCGGAGCACUUGUUUGAGGAGCCACUGGAGUGGACCACUACUUUAGAAGCAUCUGAGUUUGAAGACGAUUAUGAAAUCAAAGACUCCGGGGCAUUACACUCCAUUGAAAAAGAUGAACAUGGAAAUCCUACAUUAUUGCUCUCUCCCCCAACUAUUUCUGUCCGUAACUUCAACCAGCUCUCAAAUAUAGUGAAUCUGGAAAAUGGGAAGGGAAUGACUGAACUUCAGGCGUGUAUCGAAGAAAAUAGAAUGCCUGUGGUGAAGAUUCUCGGUCCCAGUUAUGCCAACAUGAAAAAGGCUGUAAAAAGCAAAGAAAGAUCUCAUGAUCAAGCACAAGACCUGCCCCUAGACCUCAAGAUGCAGCUCCUACACACUCUACUAGAUUUCGACAAACAGAUUCUUCACAAGCUCCUAAAAGAAGUAUCAGAAAAGUUCCGCCUCAAUCCUGCCUAUGUUGACAACGAAGUGGAAUAUUUACAAAGUUUUUGCGGUCCGGGAGACAAUAAUGUGUUAAAGUCAGUUCAAUACACAUCAGAAUAUGAAUUUCGAAAUAGAUGCCGUGCCCCUCUUUGGAGACAGCUACAAGGUGAGAUGUGUUACCUUGUGAUUGAGACUUAUGACACAGAGACGCUCCACAUCACCUGCAGCAGUGCGGGAGUUUUUCUCAACAUGGGUGUCACGAACGAGAAGGACGAUGAUGCCUAUCAGCAAGCGAGCGAUGUGUUUAAGAACCUGGUUGCUCUGUUGAAGAGCAAAUCUCAACAGUUUGCUGAGUGCAUGGCCUUACAGGCUCCAGCUUCCAAAAAAUUAAAGGAUGCUACGACACAACUGUCGCUAAAAAGGAUUAACAAGAGUGCUGUGUCGUCUCAACGUGAAGAAGACAAAGCAUCUGAUCUUGAUGCACAGAAGGGAACCAGGAGCAAGAAUAUAUCACGUUUCUCUGAGUCUACUUAUGCAGAACAACUGUCCUCCAUGAGACUUAAGACCCAACUAAAUCCAGGGGAGGUUUUCAGCGAGACGGAAUCUGAUAGCAAUCCGAGUUAUGAAGAAGAGGAGCAGCCAACGCGUCGUGCACGAAACACAGAUCAGCCUUCAGAGUACUGGCAGAUCCAGAAAUUGGUCAAGUACCUUAGGGCCGGUGACCAGACAGCCACUUUGCUGACACUGUAUGCCUUGAUGGACUAUGACCUGAAAAAUGAGACGUAUCAUAAUGCCAUCCAGGACUCAGGUGGCCUAAAGGUCCUCACUAACAUUCUACAUUUGGAUGAAGUCAAUCUCCAACUUGGAUCUCUUCGAAUCCUUAAAGAGAUCAGCCACAAUGCCCAAACUCGCCGGGCCAUCGUUGACAACGGAGGAUUGCGAAGCAUCGUUAAUGUCCUGGACUCACGAAACAAAGACGUGAAGGCCUUAGCUGCUGAAACAAUUGCUAAUGUGACAAGCUUCCGCAGGGCAAGGAGAACUGUUAGAAAGUACAACGGUAUCAGUAAACUCACGAAGCUGCUGGACUGUGCCCCUGACUUAUCAAAUGUGGAUGCAAAGCAUGAGAAGGACGUCGAGGUAGCCCGCUUCGGUGUUUUAGCACUCUGGAGCUGCAGCAAGAGUCCCAAAAACAAAGAAACAAUCCAUAAGGCUGGAGCGAUCCCUCUACUUGGACGUCUCCUCAAGUCUACUCAAAUGAACAUGCUUAUCCCCGUGGUGGGCAUCCUGCAGAACUGUGCUGACGAGGAAAUCUGCAGGAAUGCGAUUCAAAAUGAGGGCAUAAUCAAAGAUUUGGUCCAGAACCUCAGCAAUGACAAUGAUGAACUGCGAAUACAUUGUGCAAAUGUCAUCUUCAAGUGCGCAGAAGACAAGCAAACCCGCACCUUAGUGCAUGACAGCAAAGGUCUGCCGGCCUUGGUUUCACUUCUGGGCAAGAUAGAAAAUGUAAAGCUCAUGGCUGCCACCACUGGAGCCAUCUGGAAAUGUUGCCUCAGCCCAGAGAACCUGGAUGUUUUUCAAGAUCAUAAAGUCCUGGAGACCUUGAUUGGCCUGCUGACUAAUCAGCCUGAAGAGGUGUUAGUUAAUGUGGUGGGAGCUUUGGCAGAAUUCUCUCAAAGGCCUGCAAACAAGAUCACCAUCCGCAAAUGUGGAGGCCUCAAACCACUAGUCCAACUACUUGUCGGAAGAAAUGAGGCAUUGUUGGUCAACGUAACCAAGGUGGUGGAAGCCUGUGCGACAGAUAUGGACAAUAUGGCGAUCAUUCAAGACCUUGACGCAAUCCGCUGGGUAUGGAGUUUGUUGAAAAACCCCAGUCCGGAGGUUCAGUCCAGUGCUGCAUGGGCCCUUUGUCCGUGUAUUGAGAAUGCAAAGGAGUCAGGGGAAAUGGUGAGCUCCCUGAUGGGUGCCAUGGAGCUGGUCAUUGAUUUGCUAAAGUCAACCAACGAUGAUGUGCUGGCAAGCAUGUGCGCCGUUAUAGCCAACAUCGCCAAAGACAAGUACAAUUUGGCAGUUCUCACUGAUUACGAUGUGGUCUUGCUGCUGGCCCAGCUGACUGACAAACCCAGUGACCUACUUCGCUGCCACCUGGCUCACGCCAUCGCCCAAUGCUGCACAUGGCGCAACAACAGAGCGGCUUUCGGCGAGGCGGGAGUCGUGCCCCACCUGGUUCAAUACUUAAAGUCACAGGAUACGAAAGUCCGCCACAGUACAGUGAUGGCCCUGCACCAGCUGUCCAAAGAAGCAAACAAUUGCAUCAUCAUGCACGGUGAAGGAGCAGUGAAGCCUCUGAUCCACUUCAUGGGCUCUGAUGAUGAGAAGGUUCGCAACGCUGCCGCUGACUGCGUGCGCAACAUUCGUCUGCUCUUUCCGGGCCAGUCCAGAGCCAAAAAAUCAACACCAUGCAUGUAA